AUGAAGUACUGCGCGAUAAUUGGUGCGCUUUCUGCUUGCAUCUCCGCGAUCAGCAACAUCCUCGUAAACCCUGAACUUCUGAAAGGAGAUAUUUCGCGCGAUAACUUAUGGGCGGGUUCUCAACAAUUGCAAUCCUUCGCCUAUGCUACGAACGAAAGGAAUCGAAUGAUUUCUCGUCCUGGACACGAAGAGACAGUUAGGUGGAUAAAAGAAAGACUUGAGGCUCUGAACAACUAUUACGACGUCUCUCUCCAGCCCGUCUGGGCCAUUGUUCAAUUUACUGAGGCUGUCAAUGCUUUUUUGAUUGACGGCAGUGAGAUACCAAAGUCCUCAUACUCCCUCUUCGAAUUUUCUCCGAGCGGAAAAGUAACUGCGCCAUUGAUGAUUGUUGAUGGCGGAUGUAAUAAGACUGAUUAUCCAGCAGACUUAGCUGGAAAGAUCGCCAUCAUCGCCCGUGGAACUUGCGAUUAUGGUAUCAAAUCAGCACUUGCUGGCUCUGUAGGCGCCUCUGGGGCUAUUUUGUAUAAUAUCAAUGAUGAUGGCCCGGUGGAAGGAACGCUUCUUCCUCCCCCACGACCUCAGGGUCCCUACGUCCCCACGCUCAAUAUCAUCAAGAGUGUUUCUGAUCCUAUUGUUGCAGCUCUCAAGCGCGGAGAAAACAUCACUGCUAGUUUUGAUAUCUUGACAUACAUUCGUAACGUUACCACAUCCAAUGUCUUUGCGACUACUAAGUCUGGCGACCAAAACAACAAGCUCAUUCUCGGUGCUCAUACCGAUUCCGUUAUUGCUGGUCCGGGUGUCAACGAUGAUGGCAGUGGCAUCAAUGCCCUCCUUGAAGUCGCAAGAGCACUUUCAGGAUAUACAAUCAACAAUGCUGUAACAUUUGCGUUCUGGACUGCUGAGGAACUAUACCAGCAUCCGGGUUCGUCGCAUUUUCUUCAGACCCUUUCUGUAGCAGAGAAAGCUAAGAUUCGCGCUUAUUUGAACUUUGAUAUGAUUGCUUCCCCCAACUACGUCAAUGCUAUCUACGACGGCGACGGUAAGGCUUUUGGCACCGCCGGUCCCUCUGGUUCAGCCGAAUUAAAAGCAUUCUUCCAAAACUACUUUCAGACUGCCGGUCAGAAUUAUACUGCAACUCAAUUUGACGGCCGCUCUGAUUACGAGGCUUUUCUUGACGAGGGAAUUCCAGUUGGCGGGACCUUCACUGGCGCAGAAGAUAAUAAGACUGCUGAAGAAGUUCUUAUGUUUGGUGGAGAGGCUGGCAUUCCGUACGACUCCUGUUACCACAAAGCGUGCGAUACCGUUAGCAACCUCAACAUGGAUGCUUUUGUGCUGCAUACUAGGGGUAUUGCUGAGGCAGUUGCUACGUAUGCAAAUUCUUGGGUGGGGUUCCCAAAGAGAGAGGUUGCAAGUACUGCUACGAAGAACAUAGCUAGGGCUAGAAGAAGCAGUGAAGGGCAUGAACACGUUGGCGGCGGCUGCGCACACAGUUACUCGUGGAUAUGA